CGUUAUUUAACCGUUAACCGCCCACGUGCUGCGCUUGCGCGGUACGGCAUUUCCGGCUUUUCUGAGGUUCUGAGAUAGAAGCUUCUAGUUCUUUCCGCUGCCUUCACAAACGGCAGUUGACCUGGGCACCAAGCCUGUGGUGUUCUCCCGCCACUUUUCAAGGGCCUUAGAGAUUUCCAUGGGAAAAGGAGAAAAUGGAAAAGCAAAAGCCGAUCAUGCUGUUCCUGCCGCCGAGGUUGAGCAGCAGCCAGGUGUCCGCGGUGAAGCCUCAGACCGCUGGGGCGGAUUCGAACCUCAAGAAUUUGAACAGAUGUAUUGAAGAUGAUGUCGGUUUACCAUUUGCAAUGACUAAUCUCUCCCAAAAUGGGGAAAAUGACUCAGAUCCUGCUUUACAAAAUGUUAACUGUUCGCCUAUACUUGAGCAGGUUGAUAAUUCUGGCAGUUGCCACUAUCAGGAAGAACUAAAAGAUUCAGAUACUGAGAAUUCAGAGCCAAUGAGCACAAUGUAUUCAAAACUGUAUAAGGAAGCUGAAAGGAUUAAAAAGUGGAAAGUGAAUGUAGAAUCUGAGCUGAAGCAGAAGGAACAUACAUUGCAAGAAAAUAAAAAGAUAAUUGAAGCACUACGAAAAGCCAUUCAGGAGCUGCAGUUUGAAAAUGAAAGAGUAAGUUUGAAAUUAGAUGAAGAAAUUCAAGAAAAUAAGGACUUAAUAAAAGAGAAUAAUGCUACAAGAAAUUUGUGUAAUAUGUUCAAAGAAACCUGUACUAGAUCUGCAGAAAAGCAAAAGAAAUAUGAGCAUGAACGGGAAGAAACCAGACAAGUUCACAUGGAUUUAAAUAAUAGCAUUGAGAAAAUGAUAAUCGCUUUUGAGGAACUUCGGGUGCAAGCUGAGAAUUCCAGACUGGAAAUGUAUUUUAAGUUAAAGGAAGGUAAUGAAAAAAUCCAGCACCUUGAAGAAGAAUACAAGAAGGAAGUAAAUGAGAAGGAAAAUCAGGUAUCGCUGCUGAUGCUUCAAAGCACUGAGAAAGAAAAUAAAAUGAAAGAGCUAACAUUUCUGCUAGAAGAAUCCAGAGAUAAAGUUAAUCACUUAGAGGAAAAGACAAAAUUACAGGAUGAAAAUUUAGAAGAAUCAAAUGAGAAGAAGAAUCUUUUGGCAUCUGAACUAGAAGAUAUUAAAAUGUCCUUGCAAAUAAGUAUGAGUACUCAAAAGGCUUUAGAAGAAGAUGUACAGAGAGCAGCACAAGUAGCAUGUGAACUCACUAAAGAAAAAGAAGCUCAAGUGGAAGAAUUUAAUAAAGCUAAAGUUGCUCAUUCAUUUGUGGUUACUGAACUUAAAACUACUAUCUGUAACUUAGAGGAAUUAUUAAGAACAGAACAACAAAGAUUGGAAAAAAAUGAAGAUCAACUGAAAAUACUUACUAUGGAGCUUCAGAAGAGAUCCAGUGAGCUGGAAGAGAUGACUAAAUUUAAAAAUAACACAGAAGUAGAAGUUGAAGAAUUGAAAAAAGAAUUAGCAGAAAACCAAAAGCUUUUAGAUGAAAAGAAACAAAUUGAGAAGAUUACUGAAGAAUUAAGAGGAAAAGAACAAGAACUAACUGGUCUUUUACAAACCAGAGAGAGAGAAAUACAUCGUUUUGAAAUACAGUUGACUGCCAUUACCACAAGUGAACAGCAUUACUCAAAACAGGUUCAUGAUAUGAAAACCGAGCUUGAAAAAGAGAAGCUUAAGAAUACUGAAUUAACUAUAAGUUGCAACAAGCUGUCACUAGAGAACAAAGAACUGGCACGAGAAAAAGAUGUUAUGGCCUUGGAACUCAAGAAGCAGCAAGAUGACAUUAAUAACAGCAAAAAGCAAGAAGAAAAGAUGUUGAAACAAAUAGAAAAUCUGGAAGAAACAGAAAUACAAUUAAGGAACGAAUUGGAAUCUGUGAAAAAAGAACUAAAACAGACAGAGGAUGAGGUUAAAUGUAAAUUGGAAAAGAGUGAAGAAAAUGCUCGAAGCGUUGAAUGUGAAGUUUUAAAAAAAGAGAAGCAAAUAAAGAUAUUGGAAAACAAGUGUAACAAUUUAAGGAAACAAGUUGAAAACAAAAGCAAGUAUAUUGAAGAGCUUCAGCAGGAGAAUAAGGCCUUGAAAAAAAAGGGGACAGCAGAAAGCAAGCAACUGAAUGUUUAUGAGCUAAAGGUCAGUAAAUUAGAAUUAGAACUAGAAAGUACCAGACAAAAGUUGGAAGAAAUGACUCACAACUACCAAAAAGAAAUUGAGGAUAGAAAAUUACUAGAAGAAAAUCUUUUGGGACAGAUUGAGAAGGCAACAUUAAGAGCUGAUGAAGCAAUAAAAUUACAGAAAGAAAUGGAUAUACGAUGUCAACAUAAAAUAGCUGAGAUGGUGGCACUUAUGGAAAAACAUAAGCACCAGUAUGACAAGAUUGUUGAAGAAAGAGAUGCAGAAUUAGGACUUUAUAAGAGCAGAGAACAAGAGCUGUCAUCUCUGAGAGCAUCUUUGGAAAAACUCAGAAGAGAGAUGAAAGAAAACAUAGGUACAAUAAAAGAAAAGAAAGACAAGAAAAUACAGACGUCUUCAUGGGAAGCACCUGAAACUAGUUACAGGAAAUUUGAUUCUAAAGCAACUCCUUCACAAAAUGUAUCUCGAAAUUUCUUAUCAACUGAUUAUGGUAAAUCCAAAGAUAAAAGAGACUAUAUAUGGACAUCUUCCAAAAGCACUUUAUCUACGCCGGUUCCAAAGGCUUAUACAGUGAAGACACCAACUAAACUACAAAUACAGCAAAGAGAAGAAAAGAAUAAGCCCAUUGAACAAAAUAAUAAAAAGAGAAAAAUCUUUGAAUUUGAUGUUAAUUCAGAUAGUUCAGAAGCUACUGAUCUUUGGAGCAUGGUUUCUGAGGAAGACACACUGAACAAACUGUACAACAAUAAUAAUCCACCAGUUUCUCAUCUUUGUGUCAGAACACCAAAAAAGACCCCUUCAUCUCUGACAACUCCUGGAUCUGUGCUCAAACUUGGAUCUGUGAGAAAAAUGCAAGAUGACCGUUGGGCUGUAAUUGCUAAAGUGGACAGGAGAAAAAAACUAAAAGAAGCAGAAAAGUUAUUUAUUUAAUUUAAGAUAAUCAGUGUGAUAAUGGAACCUAAUAACAUCAAGUUAAUAGUUAAUUUUUUGUUUUCCAAAGAGCCAGACUUCACCUGGAGAUUCAGACUUUAAAAGUUUGCAUAAAUAAUUUGUAUUUUUUAUAUUAUAUUUUGGCCAGAAUGUGAAAUAUCUGUAUAUUAUCUGGACACUUACUGUUAUAGUCAGAUAAUUGUAUAAUUAUAUUUUGUUACUUUUUCCUAUAUUCAAUAUUGUUUUCAGAUUUUUGAUUUUGAAUAUGAGAAAUGCAUUAUUAAGAUUUAUUCUUCAUUCUUUACUAUUAAAAUAUUUUGGAUGCAAA